CGGCGUAGGAGAAACAGGAAAGGCUGAAAGCGCAGUGAAAGAGGGAGGGAGCGAGCAGCCACGCUUUCUGGAGGAAAAAGUGUCUCCUGCAACCAUAUCUCGCCUGUCAACACUCUCAGCCAGACUCCUUACACUAGGAGCUCCCUGAAAGGAGAAAACCUGCUAGAAGCGUUAGAAGUGCAUGCACUGUGCUUUAGUCAUCUAGCACCAUGUCAGCCAAAGCCAUCUCUGAGCAGACAGGGAAGGAUUUUCUUUACAAACACAUUUGCACUACAGCCGCCAUACAGAACCGCUUUUGCUAUGCUAACGUGACGGCAGAAACUGACUGGAAGCGACUGGUUCAGGAUCACCCCUGGCUUCUGACGGAGCGGUUGGUUGUUAAGCCAGAUCAGCUGAUCAAGCGCAGAGGAAAACUGGGACUGGUGGGUGUGAACCUGGAUCUGGAGGGCGUGAAGGAAUGGCUCCAAACCCGCCUUAUGAAGGAGACAACGGUGGGGAAGGCUAAAGGGAUCCUCAAAAACUUCCUGAUUGAGCCCUUCGUAGCCCACAAGCAGGAGGAGGAGUUUUACGUGUGUAUCUAUGCCACACGUGAAGGUGAUUACAUGCUCUUCCAUCAUGAGGGAGGUGUAGACGUGGGAGACGUGGACUCUAAAGCCCUGAAACUCUUGGUAGGAGUGGAUGAGAAGAUCAGUGCGGACACAGUCAAGAGUCAGCUCCUCACACACGCCCCUGCAGAUAAGAAAGAGAUGUUGAUUAGUUUCCUGGUGGGCUUGUUUAACAUGUACGAAGACUUGUACUUUACAUACUUGGAGAUCAACCCUCUUGUGGUCACUAAGGAUGGAGUGUAUGUGCUGGACAUGGCUGCUAAAAUCGAUGCCACAGCCGAUUACUUGUGUAAAGCCAAGUGGGGUGAUGUGGAGUUUCCCCCUCCCUUCGGCAGAGAGGCCUAUCCGGAGGAGGCAUACAUAGCAGAUCUAGAUGCUAAGAGUGGCGCCAGCCUUAAGCUCACUCUCCUGAACCCUCGCGGACGGAUCUGGACUAUGGUGGCAGGGGGCGGAGCUUCUGUCGUCUACAGUGACACAAUCUGUGAUCUGGGCGGAGUCAAUGAACUGGCCAAUUACGGAGAGUAUUCAGGUGCUCCGAGUGAGCAACAAACGUACGACUAUGCCAAGACCAUCCUCUCCCUCAUGACCCGUGAGAAACACCCCAAUGGUAAAGUCCUGAUCAUUGGAGGCAGCAUUGCCAACUUCACCAAUGUAGCGGCAACAUUCAAGGGUAUCGUCAGGGCUAUCAAAGAUUAUCAGGACCCUCUGAAAGAGCAUGAGGUCACUAUAUUUGUCCGUCGUGGCGGCCCGAACUACCAGGAAGGUUUAAGAGUGAUGGGGGAAGUUGGAAAGACCACCGGUAUCCCCAUUCAUGUUUUUGGCACUGAAACCCACAUGACUGCUAUUGUUGGAAUGGCACUAGGUCACCGGCCAAUCGCCACACAGCCUCGUGUUGCCGCCCACACUGCUAACUUCCUUCUCAACACUAGCGGUGGUACCACAACUCCUGCCUCCUCCAGAUCGGCCUCUUUCUCUGAGGUCAAAACUGGAGCAGAAAACUCAUCAGCUCAAAAGACUCGUGCUGGGCUUCCUCCAGCCAAAAGCACCACUCUGUUCAGUAACCACACCAAGGCUAUAGUGUGGGGGAUGCAGACGCGUGCAGUGCAGGGCAUGCUGGACUUCGAUUAUGUUUGCUCACGUCAAGAGCCGUCAGUAGCAGCCAUGGUUUACCCCUUCACUGGAGACCAUAAGCAGAAGUUUUAUUGGGGUCAUAAGGAGAUCCUGCUGCCGGUCUAUAAGAACAUGGCUGAUGCAAUGAAGAAACAUCCAGAAGUAGAUGUGCUCAUCAGUUUUGCCUCCCUCCGCUCUGCCUACGACAGCACCAUAGAGACCAUGCAGUACCCACAGAUCCGCACUAUGGCAAUCAUAGCUGAGGGUAUUCCAGAGGCUUUGACUCGCAAGAUCAUCAAGAUGGCAGAGGAGAAGGGAGUCACUAUCAUUGGUCCUGCAACGGUCGGCGGUAUUAAACCAGGCUGUUUUAAGAUCGGUAAUACGGGUGGGAUGCUGGAUAACAUCCUGGCGUCUAAGCUGUACAGGCCGGGCAGUGUGGCCUACGUCUCCCGCUCUGGUGGAAUGUCCAACGAGCUCAAUAACAUCAUCUCACGCACUACAGAUGGAGUUUAUGAAGGAGUUGCCAUCGGAGGAGACCGGUAUCCAGGCUCUGUCUUUAUGGAUCACAUCUUGAGGUAUCAGGACACACCCGGAGUCAAAAUGAUUGUUGUGCUCGGAGAGAUUGGAGGAAAUGAAGAGUACAAGAUUUGCAAAGGCAUUAAAGAAGGCAGGAUCACCAAACCUGUGGUCUGCUGGUGCAUAGGAACCUGCGCCACCCUGUUCUCAUCUGAGGUCCAGUUUGGCCACGCUGGAGCUUGUGCUAACCAGGCGUCUGAGACUGCACUUGCUAAGAACAAAGCUCUGGAAGAGGCAGGAGCCUUUGUGCCCAAGAGCUUCGAUGAGCUGGGAGACGUCAUCAAAUCUGUGUAUGAUAAUCUAGUAGCCAAGGGUGUAAUUUUGCCUGCUAAAGAGGUCCCUCCACCUACAGUGCCAAUGGAUUAUUCUUGGGCACGAGAGCUGGGUCUGAUCCGUAAACCGGCGUCCUUCAUGACGAGUAUCUGUGAUGAGAGAGGACAGGAGCUCAUUUAUGCAGGCAUGCCCAUUACUGAGGUCUUUAAGUCUGAGAUCGGGCUGGGCGGCACCCUCGGUCUGCUCUGGUUCCAGAGCAGGCUGCCGCGCUAUGCAUGUCAGUUCAUCGAGAUGUGUCUGAUGGUGACGGCGGAUCACGGCCCUGCCGUUUCUGGAGCUCAUAACACCAUAGUGUGUGCGCGUGCUGGCAAAGACCUGAUCUCCAGCCUGACCUCAGGACUCCUCACCAUCGGGGACCGUUUCGGAGGUGCCCUGGACGCAGCUGCUAAGCAGUUCAGUAAGGCGUUCGACAGUGGCAUGCUGCCUAUGGAGUUUGUCAACAAAAUGAAGAAAGAUGGCAAACUCAUUAUGGGCAUCGGACACAGGGUGAAAUCGAUCAAUAAUCCUGACAUGCGGGUACAGAUCCUCAAAGACUUUGUGAAGCAGCAUUUCCCUGCUGCUCAGCUGCUGGACUAUGCUCUGGAGGUGGAGAAGAUCACCACCUCAAAGAAACCAAACCUUAUCCUGAAUGUUGAUGGUUUCAUUGGAGUGGCAUUUGUGGAUCUGCUGAGAAACUGUGGUGGCUUCACUCGGUCAUUAUCUGGACCAGAAGCGGUUGAAGCAGGGUUUGUACCGCCAUCCUUGGGAUGA